AAGACGCUCCCAAGGGCUCGCCACCUUUUCAGUCUUGCGUCUUUGAUACAGUAGGUUUGAAGGCCUGUCUGAAGAGUAAUUACAUUUGCCUUGUUUUGCACCCAGCUUUCCUUUUUUUGUUUCUUUGUCGAAGGAGAUUAUUUCAGAGUAAUUUGUCAAAUGUGACAAGGCAGCAGUUGGUGCAAUUAGGAAUAAUUGCAUGAGCUGAGAUUUGUUGUGUAUAUAAAGUCAGUGGCGAGAAUAAAGCUGCGGCUUUUCCCAAACAGAAUGGGCCAAGCUGCGAACCUGCCAUGUUGGAGAGGAGAGUCUUACAUUACAGAGCUUUAUGAAUGGUUCAGAAAGUUUAUUAAUGAGUGUCCAAGCGGACUGAUCACUCUUCAUGAGUUUCAGAGGCAUUUCUGUGAUGGGACUGUGGGCGGGGAGUCGGCCGACUAUGCUGAACAGAUUUUCCGGACAUUGGACAAGAAUGGGGAUGGGGUGGUUGAUUUCAGAGAGUUUGUCAUGGCCAUUAGCAUGCUUAUGGAAGGCACAGCUGUGGAGAAACUCUGCUGGUCGUUCAAGCUCUAUGACAAAGACAGCGAUGGAGCUAUUACAAAGGAAGAAAUGCUGGAUAUCAUGCAGGCUGUUUAUAAGAUGAACGUAGCUGCAGCUCUAACUCAACCUAAUGAAUUUACAGCUGAAGAAUGUACCAACAGGAUAUUUGUGAGAUUAGACAAAGACAAUAAUGCCAUCAUCAGUCUGGAGGAGUUCAUUCAGGGAGCGCUGGAUGAUGAUUGGAUCAGGGACAUGCUGGAAUGUGACCCCAGAAGAGUGAAAGUGGAGAGGCCCCUGAGGAGGGACACUGCGCUGGGGACCCAUGGAUGA